AUGGAUGCCCUCGUGGAGGCCUGUAUCUCUGAGCUCGCACUUUGCCCAGAGCCAGAGGUUCCGCUCCAGGCCCUGGUGAGCCGUGUCGGCGACCGCUGGCCGUACACUGCCGACGACGCCGUGGCAUCGAUCCUUGCUGCGCGGCUACAGGGCCAUGCGCAGGUGGUGUGGCGAAAGGAGAGCGAUGCGUAUGCACUCGAUCCGACUGUGCUGAAAGAGCUGCUCGGCCUGCCGCCGUCGGUCAAGCUCUCGGCGACCAAGAAGGCCGUCCUUGUGGCUGUCGCCAGGAGACGAGCCGCAGGCAUCUCCGCCAUCGAGCUCGCUCGUGUCUCAGGACUCACCCCCAAGCAAAUCUUCUACCAGAUCAAGACACUCGCCGCCAUGGGUGCCGUCGUCCGCGUACCCAUCUUUGACUGCCCGUCGCCUGACGCGCCACCAGAUGCACGUAUCCUCAACACCUCACUCAUUGUGCUCGCAAAGUGCGCACCGGACUCGCUCGUCGACCUCCACAGCCCGCAGGCUGGCAUUGUUGUCCACGACGUUCUCUACGACGUUGGAUGCGAGGUUCUUCACCGCACCGAGAACAGCAUCAUGCCGCAGAAGCAGGUCAUCGGCGCCAUCACAGACUCGCUCGCCCACCACGUCACGCUCUCGACCCGCACCAAACGCGAAAUCAUCGCACGUAUGGCCGAGGCCGGCUACAUCACCCGGUUCCUGGCGCGUGUCGUCAACACAGCCGAUGCGGCGUCAGACUCGGGAUCAGACUCGGGAGCCAAUGACGACGACGCCGCCGCAAGCGGUGGUGGUCCUGGCAGCAACAGGGGCUCCGCCAGUUCGGCCCACUCGCAGUUGCCCGCAAGGUGGCGGCCGUGUGUGCAGCUGGUGCGCCGGCCAGACCUGUCGCUGGCGGCGGCGCUGGCGAGGGAUGCGGCAGCACGCGACUCGAGCGCUGCUGGUGGCGACGACGAAAACAGCAACAGCGACAACGAUGCUAUCGGCUCCGACAACGAGGGCGGCGCUGAGGGCGUCGAGAGUGCACCUCUCGCUCAAGCUACCGAUCUCGUCACCCUCGACGUUCCCAUUCUCGAGGCCAUGUUUCGGUACAUCCAGAAGGCCGGGACCGAUGGCGUGCUGCGGACCGACCUCCGGCAGUUUGCGGCCGGCAACCACCGCCGAGAAGACAAGUACUUUGCGGUCCUCCGUGAGCAAUACGGAGUGGUUGCCGUCUCAGUCUUUGCCGGGCGCAAGCACCACCUGCGGGUCUUUGCCUCGGCAGACGUCGAGGCUGCCGCCGUCGCCUCGAUGGACAUUGCUGACCAGCUUCUUGAAGGUCGCAGCGACCCGAACGAGGGCAAGGCCUUCCACACCUACGGAGAGGCACAGCUGCUGCUCGAGGCGGCGCCGGUCCGCGCCGAUGAUCGUGCCGAACGGCCGGGCCACGUCUUCCUCCAGCGGCAGGCUGCCGUCAUCGAGUGGCUGCAGCAGACGCCGAUUGUGGCCCGCGGCGACAGCGAGUUCCGUGCUCGGCUCUCGGCGCUCGGCCUUGGAAGCUCGAGCAUGAUUGCACAGCGGACUAUCAAGCUCCUGCUCACUGACCUGGCCUCGCGUGGCCUUAUCCGCCUAGGCGUUCUUCGCUGGCCACUCACCAGCUCAUCUGGCCUCGGCUGGCGGAAUGUCGGCGUCGCUGUCGCGCCAGACGCCGACUUGGAGAGCCCAGACUUUGCCGGUGCUGUCGAAGCUGUGGUUUCCAGCGUUCAGAGCUUCUCUAGUGUCCGACAGGCCGCCAAAGACGGCGAGCUUCCGCGACGGCACGACGUCAUUGUCGACGCAGGACAGGGCAUCAUCCGGUCGGCGGACAUUCGUCGUAUCCGGGCCCUGAUGUUCAAGCGAAGCUCGGUUCUUCGCCGUGAGCUCACCGCGCUUGCAUACGGCUGGGUGGCCGACACCGAACUGAGGGCGUGGAUGCUGUGUGCCAAGUUGGUAGCGGCAGCCGACAGAGCGGGCUCGCCAGGCACUGUCAACUGGCGCGAGGCCGUCGAGGAGCUCACAGUCCUCCAGUUCCUGCAGCUCUUCCCGCAGCCGCGCCCACUGGCGGGCCUGGUCGGGGUUCUCUGCAAGGCGCCGGAUGCGCCGCGGCUUGUCGCCGACCUUCCGCUCGCGCUGCGGCUCGAGAUGGGCGUCGACAAAAAGGUUGAAGCUCACGGCAGCGCACUCAUUCACGUCCUCGAGCGCUCUGGGCACGUAUCGUAUGCGGGUGACAAAGGCCAGGACCUCAUCCAGCUCACGCCCGAAGCGAAAACCGAGGCCAACGCCCGGAUCCACGCUCUGCGCAAGUGGGUCGGCUCGGCACAGCUCGACUCGGCGCGCAAGUCGUUCCGCGACACGCUCGAGCAGUGCCUCUCGACCGGCCUCGAGACUGCCACUGUCGACACGGUUGUUUUCGGCUCUCUGCGGACCCGCGCCAUCCGGCUCGGCCUCGACAAGCUACCGUGGGUGGCGCCUAUGUCGUGGCAGGAGCUCGUGCGGCUCAAGCUGCGGACCAUUGACCCGACCGAUCCCGCCUCACUCAAGGCAGCUGCCACAUUCCGCCCGUCGCGGGUCGGCCGCGAGCGCGACAUUGCCGCCAACGACGCCGCGGCGCUGGCCGAGCGCGGUCUGCCGAGCGGAAAGAAGAGAAAGAAGCGACGCGGUCGCCGCGGCAAGCGCAAGGCGAAGCGUAGGGGCCGCAGGAGGGCAAAGCGGAAGCGAAGGAAGAGCGACGUAGACCACAGAGCCGCUGCCCACUUUCCGGGCCUGGGUGCGGUCGAAGUCGACCCGCUCUGGGCCCACCCCAUCCAAUCGCUCGGUGGCCUGCUGACAAGCGCCCAGCGGCGGGCGGCGGUCGCGCUCUAUGUUGGCAUGACCAUGGUUCUCGACUCGUUUAGCUGGUCUCUCUUUCUGGAGCUUGUCGCUCACCACGGCGGUGACGCGAUGGUGAGCGCCAUCAACUCGCUCUCGAUCUUUGAGCUGCGGCGCUGGAUGGCGCUCGAGCUGACGAUGCAAGACCAGGGCGUUCACUCGAUCACCGGCGUGGAAGCCGACGCGCUUGAUCGCAGACUUGGUCUCUCUACUCAAUGCGAGCCUGGCCACUGGCCGCUGUGGGUUCUGACCAUGUCGGAGCGACUGGCGGACGAGCUGCCUUUGCAGUCGGCGGUGAUGGAGUGGCAGACCGGGACCGAAGCCAACAUGCCAACGGUGGGCGAGAUGCUGACGCGUGUUCCGGAGCAACUCACCUCGCUGUGGACUGCGUCGGUCGAGGUGGUGAGGGCAGUCAUCCACGCCAUGGUCGAGAGCGCCGCCGCCGCGCCGGACGUCGAGCGCGAGGCGCGCCUGGAUCUGGGCCGAGGCGAGCAGUUUGACGAGCUCAAGACAAAGAUUGUCCGCGAUCUUGGUCGUGACAAGGUAGGCGCUGCACUGAACCACCUGGUUUUCAUGGAGGGAUAUGUCGGUGUCGAGCAAGGCGUGGACGCCAGUGGCGUUGACCUUUUGGACCACCUGUUUGUCGACGGCAAGUGUGGCCUGGUCUACGCACGGACGGUGCAGAGCCAACCGUUUGGCGUCGACUCGAGCUUUUACUUGUUUGCCGGUGCAUGGCAGCAGACACUGGCAACGCUGCGUGCACCGAGCGGGGCGAACAGCAUCGAGCUGGUGUCUGAGGAUGUACGCGCCGGUGAGCUCUGUGCUGUUGUGGAGGGCGUCAUCGAAGGCGAGGUCAAGGUUGAGGUCGACACCUCGCGGAUCCCACCUAACACGGUGCCGGACGGGGUGACCGCGAGUGUAGAGGUCCGGGUGUGGUCGGGCGAGGCGGGCCAGUCCGGCGGUCUGCCGCGGCCAUCACCGACCGGCCUUGCGCUGGUCUACGGCUCGGCAUCUGCCGACGGCGCCGGCGCAGGCUUUGCUCAGCUGCUGCGGGCCAAGAUGACCGAGCGGCGUGCAGAGCACGCAACAGGCACGAGGCGGACCUGGCCGCCCCACAUGCUGGAAGCAUCGACGGUACCCAAACAUGCCUGGGACGCGCUAGCUGACGCGCUGGUGGCCUCACCGGUCGCGCUCUCGUUCGAGACUGCGCUGGUGGGUACAGCAGCCGUCGAGCCGGAGCUCAACUUUGCGCAGGCAGUCGACGCGCUGGAGCGACUCGGUGAGACGACCCGGGUCAUCAUGCACGCCGACCUGUUGUUGGUGGCAGGAAGCCGGGCCGAGACGCAGGCGACGGGUGAUGUGCUUGCGCCGCGGGUUGAGGACAGGCAACGGCUGCACUCGAUCGUGCGGGCGCGGCCGCAUAUCGAGCUGCAUGAACUGGCCAGGAUCGCGACGCCUGUGUCUGCGGUGCCCGGCGUAUGCAUCGGAUGGAUUCACGCGCUGCUCGUCGACGGCACGCUCACCGCCCAUGUUGCGGGCGAGCAGGUGUACCUCUUUGCGCCAUCGCUUCAACCGCUGGGAUGAGGCCCCCGCACCCCGGGUUGUGCAGUCCGGAGCGAGCGGAGGUGGGCCAGGCGCUCGCGAGCAUGCGGUGUGAGGCCGACCCGCGAUCGAUUACCAGGCACCGUAUACUCGUCGAGCGACGGCAGUCGCCGCGCCGGUGAG